AUGCUGGCGCCUAUGGAAUCCCCUUCUCUGCCCUCCCGCAAGGUGGUGGUUGAACUACCGGAGCUGCUCAUCCUCAUCUUAGGUCAUCUCGAUACUUACGAUCUCACACGAGCUAUCCGCGUUAACAAGUUCUGGUUCCAUUGGGGAAUCACGCUCUUGUGGGCCAACGCGACACCCGUCUGGGCGUUGGCCGCAGUCGAGGACCGUCGUCGCCGCCAGGAGUACGCCUCUGCAAUUUGUUCCUUGUACUUCAAAGGCCCGAAAUGUGACCCCUAUGUCAGAUUCGACAACCUUACCUUCGAUCGUCUUAGUCUGGUCUCUCUCGACGAAUAUAACCCCGAGUACCCCGACCGCUUCUGCCUACACCAAUAUCUGCAACCCAGCCUCGAAGAGUUUCUCUUUUAUAAGGGUACUCUUGAAGAACAUACCUUGGAUUUCAUGGCAUCCAACUGUCCACGUCUGCGCAGGCUGUACAUUAAUCGUCUCAGCUCCAAACUGUCGCUCUCAAGUUUUCAAGCCUUCGUUGCUCGAUGUUCGUCGCUAGCGGCGGUCACCUUGAAGUAUAGCCACAUAUUCACCGAUGAGCUCUUCUGUUACCUGGCCGCGCGCCGAGGCUUGGAAAGCAUCGAGUGGGGCGAAAUGAUCGGGACAGACGUGUUAAAUCAGAUCCGCGCGCAGGUUUCCGUUCCGUUUGCUAAUAUUCAACAUCUCUCUUCGACCAUUACCAUUACGGCGGUCCCAGUUCUCGUCCCACUUGUCCCUAAUAUAACGAGUCUCGAGCUACACGUGAAGCCCCUAGAUGAUAGUUUUGAUGCCGACAUUUCGGCAGCUGCUAUCACCUCGCUGGCGAGGCUCACUAAGCUUGAGAAGCUGGAUGUGACGUUCGGCUCGGGCUACAGUGACAUUCUAAAUUUCACCGACACCGAAUUGGACCAGCUCGUACGCCGCCUUCCUGACCUGAAAGAGAUAGCGCUCGAUAUGCCGUGCGAACUAUCUCCCAGCGCCCUCAACGUCCUCUCCAAGCACUGCAAGAUGCUAGAGCAGUGUCGAAUGCGCUCACUGAUGGAUUUGGGAAUGCUCGAACUGGAUUCUCGCCAGGACAUCUUAUUUCCGCAUCUCAAAGAGUUCGAGAUUGGGGCUAUCCAAGCACCCAAUGAGGAAUACUCUGGGCCCCUCAACGAUCCAGACGAGGCGACAGCGCUCAUACAGAAGCAUUUCCCAAAAUUGGAGUGGUUGGGUACUUCCGGUCUCGGUGACCCGAUAGACUGGAGCUAUGGUGAGGCUAUUAUCGACAUUCUCACUCCUAUACUAGAGCUCCGAAGUACACCAGAUUAA